UGUGAGCAUCGGAACUAGCCGAGCCGCCACAACAAAGAAAGGAUUAGAGUCCUGGUUUCGAAUUUUUUUUCGCCACACACAAACACACAAAAAUGAAGAGUUUUCUGAUCCUCCUGGGCCUCGCCGCGCUGGCGGCCGCCGACGUCAAGCACCUGACAGACCGCAACCUGGACCUCUUCAAGUACAACCCCAGCGACGUCUACACCCUGCCCGAGGACAUCGACGAGGACAAGCCGGCGGUGCUCUUCAGCGGCGACGUCAUGAAGGCCAAGACCGAGACCCUGCAGAACUACAACUCCGGCAAGAAGUUCAAGCUGGAACUGAAGACCCAGAACGGCAUCCAGGUGAGCAGCGUGGGCAAGCUGAAGGACGACAAGACCUUCGUGGUCAGCGGCUCCUACUCCUUCACCGGCGCCGAUGGCAAGCGCUACAAGACCCGCUACACCGCCGAUGAGUUCGGCUACCACCCCAUCACCGAGCUGGAUCUCGACAUUCCCGAGCCCCAGCCCCUGGGCGCCGCCGCCCAGCGCCAGACCGUGGACCCCAGCAGCCUGCUGGGCAACAAGAACCGCUUCCAGUUCCUGCAGCAGACCCUGGACUCCGGCCUGGAGCAGGGACCCCUGCGCGGCAGUGGACAGAGCGGCGACGACUACAGCUACACGUCGCCCUACGGGCACGGCUACGACUACCAGCCGCCCCAGGUGCCCCUGUCGACGCCCUCGCGCCUGUACCUGCCCACGGCAUAGGGGCUCCAGCCCCUGGCCAGGGAGCCGCAGAAAUGCACCCAACACACCCCCAGUCCCGAUCCCGAUCCCGAUCCCCGAUCCCCGAUUUCUCCCCAGCUGCAAGUAUUUAGUGUUUUAAGUGCAACUCCAACAGGCAAAUACGAAGAGUAAACAAGGCAAAUUCACAGAGCUAGCGAAAUUUUUUUUUAUCAUUUUUUAGUGUUAUACACGGAGCACAAUUUUAUAUGAUAUUAUACCUAUAUACACAGAUAUAUGUUGUAUAUCUAGGCCCACACACACACACAACACACGCACACACACCCAAAAAAACAAACACACACACACACACAAAUCCCGACACAAACGAAUCUAUGUAUAUACACUGAGUGAUAUUAGUAGUAAAUAAAAUGGCUAAACUAACGA